GAGACUUCUACCGCUGGAGCGCCGGGGACGCAGGGAGCAGGCGCGGCUCUUCGCAGCGCGCGCGGCACCUUGGUUCCUGCAAGUACCUGCGGCCCUUCUCGGAAUCUCGCCGCCGACCAGGAGGUCCUUGGAGCAGGCGGCUGGUUUCCCUCGGAAAUUGUGGGGGUGUUCGGCUGAGCCCCCAUGGCCAACGCUGGGUCCACCCCUGAAUCCCUGCCGCCGCCGCCGCUUCCGCCCGCCUUUCUCGAGUUUCUCAGCGAGAAUGGCUUGGACCCAAUGAUGUAUUCCAUGGCCGACACCAUCCCGCGAUACAUAAGGCUAAAACCGGGCAUGGAGCGCGAGAUUCCAGAGAUUGAGAGCGAGCUUAAAUGCCAUCUCAACAAGGUUUCGUGGCUGCCAGAUUUCUAUGCAAUCCCACCAGAAGUUCAGAUUGCUGGCUCCAAGGCCUAUCAGCAAGGAAAGAUCUAUGGAAUUGAUGCAGCUUCUGGGGCCGCUAUCUUAGCACUUGAUGUAAAACCAGGAGACCACGUUCUUGACCUCUGUGCUGCCCCAGGUGCAAAGCUUUGCAUGCUUGCAGAUAUGCUUGGUAGCACAGGCUCUCUCACUGGUGUUGAUGUUGCAAAGCACCGUCUUGCAGCAUGUCGUACGAUGUUGCAGAAGUAUUCUAUUGGAAAUUGUUGUCGGCUCUUUGUUGCUGAUGGGACUUCAUUUUCAAUAUUGCCUGUGAACUCCAGCGCAGGAUCGACUGGUCUUAAUGACAAUGGAAGUAUAUUUUCGGAAUGGACUUCAAAGAGAUCAUGGAAAGACCGACAAAAGUCUAAAAAGGCAAAAACAGUUGAUGGUUCACCUCAUCUAACAUCAACUUCAGAACCUGAACUGAUAUACUAUGGCAAACAUUCAGGAUUAGUUGGUUUGCGCAAAUGUGAUGUUCUUCGUCCAUCAGCUGAUGAUGAAGCCUUGACAUCUGGUUAUGAUAAAGUCCUAGUUGAUGCAGAGUGUACUCAUGAUGGAUCUAUAAAACACAUUCAGAAAUUUGAGUUCUGGGGAUGGAAAACCUUGGAUCGCCGUGUACUUGACGCAGAAAGAACCGACAGCCUGCUUCACCUUCAGUUAUGUCUGCUCACGAAUGGUUUUAAAUUAUUGAAAACUGGUGGAUUGCUAGUAUAUAGUACUUGCAGCUUGACGGUCGCCCAAAACGAGGAUGUGGUUCAGCAGUUCCUUUGCAAACACUCUUCAGCAGAGCUACAAAAGAUUGAUUCAGCAGACAAUUGGCCCUGCAGAAGUGGCAGAAUCUUCAAAACCUUGCGGUUUGAUCCUGCAACUUCACAAACAAGUGGCCUUUUUGUCGCCAAGUUCACUAAAUUACAAACUUAGAGCAUAUCUGUUUGUCUUCAACAUGUAAUUUUAUAGAUGCAGUGCAUUUACCGAGUACUCCAUCCCAUUUUUCUUUUGAUGUUGGUUAGUUCAAUUUUUGAAUAAAGAACUAACCAACGCCAUACAAUACAUUGUAAGGGUUCUAUUAUGAAGAAAACAGACAUAAAUUUAAAUUUCUGGAGCCAUCCGGUGGAUUGCAAAGUCAAGUGGUGCAAACUGUCAGUUUUCCAAAUCUGAACUUAGAAUGCCGUAGAUAACAUAUUGGUUUCAAUUAUUUAAACAACUCUGGCAGGGGUGCACAGCACACCCCACUAUUGUUAUGUACUAGAAUGUUUAGUUUAAACUUUCGUCGUCAUUGUUGUCUGUACUAGAAUGUUUAGUUUAAACUUUCGUCGUCAUUGUUGUUGGUAUAUGCUGUUUGUUCGUCAAGUUGAGUGGUGAUUACACGAGAGACUUGUGCUGUGAAUUGGGUAAAAAGGGAUGACAUGGCUUUCCUUCCUCAUUUAUUCCAUAGGAAUGGUUUUUGUGAGAAUAGUUGAAGUGCUUAUAAACGUACCAUCAUAUU